AUGCGCGGCCGCCUGUGGCUGGGCCUGGUGUGGCUGCUGCUGGCACGGGCGCCCGGCGCCGCGGGGACCCCGGACAGUCCGCGGAGACCACGCAGCUACCCGCACCUGGAGGGCGACGUGCGCUGGCGGCGCCUCUUCUCCUCCACGCACUUCUUCCUGCGCGUGGACACCAGCGGCCGCGUGCAGGGCACCCGCUGGCGCCACGGCGCCGACAGCAUCAUUGAGAUCCGCUCCAUCCGCGUGGGCGUCGUGGUCCUCAAGGCUGUGCACACGGGCUUCUACGUGGCCAUGAACCGCAGGGGCCGCCUCUACGGGUCGCGGGUCUACACUGCCCACUGCAGGUUCCAGGAGCGCAUCGAGGAGAACGGCUACAACACCUACGCCUCACUCCGCUGGCGUCACCGUGGCCGGCCCAUGUUCCUGGCACUGGAUGGGCAGGGGGCCCCACGGCGUGGCGGCCGGACACAGCGGCACCACCUGUCCACCCACUUCCUGCCCGUCCUGGUCUCCUGA